UUACGACGCAGAUCGAGCGAUGGCUGUUUUCACGACAUACGUCAACCAGAACGACGUUUCUGUACGGCGGUAACGUUGAAGUGGCAUAUUGAGUGCCCGAUGAUGAUAUCGCGCUGUCCGGAAAAGUAGGUCCAUGAAAGAAAAAACGAAAAGAAUGAGAAGUUUCCAUGUAGGGUAACAUAUAAAAAAAAAAAAAAUAGAAGGAAAAUGUCUGGCUGUUCAGGAGCUUCUAGAGAUGGGAUGUGAACGUUGAAUAAGUGACCUGAGAAAACAGCAGUUAACAACUAGUUAAGUGUGAGAUGCUGUGCUGAUAGGUGCAGCCACUCCAGUUUUUAUUGUGUUGUGCUUCUACGGUGUUUGAUAUUUCCUUUUUGUGUGUUGGGGUUUGGACACUCAACUUACAUUCUGAGGAGCAGAGAAACCAAGAACAAAAAAGAGCAGCAACCUCAAAGACUGCCAGUAAGCAGCUGACGAGACAGUUUGUGAAUCAACGUGAAGGAAACGCAUUAUGCUGAAUGUGACUGGCUGGUGUGUUUUGUAUAAAUCAUACUGACUGGGCCCUGUAAAGCUGAAAUUCACCCAUCAGGGACCCAAGAGACAAUGUACUUGUAAUGGCUGUGCAAUUCAACUCAGAGACCAAGUGUUGGGCACAUUGCCAGUAGUCUUGAACUUUAUUGUGUUGCUCAUAACUCAGUAAAGAUCCACUUAUGCUAUGUCCUUUGUGUCAUAAGCUAUCAAAGAAUCUGUGAGAUUGCAAAUGCCUUCUUCAUAAUACAGCAAGUAACAGGGGAAUAUCACAUGCAACCUGUGUCUGUUAUAUAGGCGUGCCAUGGAGAACAAAAUUAAUGUGGAUAUUAAGAAAGAAGACUCUGAAUGGGAAUCUGAGCAACAUCAGACAAAUAUUUAUGGACUUCAGGAGGAGGAGGAUGAGGAGGAUUGUAAGUGGAGACCAACAGUCAUUAAAGAUGAGUCUGAAUCAGCAUCUGAACGUAGUGACUUCAAAAAAAGUGACAUUGUAAUCCAUGUCAAGGCAGAAGAGGUUAAAUCGGAGUCUGUACCUCAAAAUGUGUGUCGACUUCCUAACCUCCAGAAUCAUUCUGCCCAGGUGAAGACGGAAUCUUUGGAUUCUGAGGUGAAAGAGGCUGAGAAAGCAUCGUGUUCAACGUAUCCUGGAGAAGAUUUACAAGAAAAUGGCACCUUCUCUCCGUCAUUUCCUCAAACAUCUCUUUACUGUAGACCACAACAAAAUGAAAACAUGGAAACUGAAGCAGAGAUUUUCUCAAAUUCUUUUCAAAAAAGGCAGAAAAGUACAUGGAAGUUAACAAGCAUAGACACAAUCAACACUCACCAAAGGGAGCUUGAUAAAAAUACAGCAGUUGUGCAUGUCAUCCAGGACCAGAUGAAAUCUUAUAAGUAUAAAUUUAAAAUGAAAUAUAAAUGGAUUCAUAUAACACAGAAGUUAUACUGCUGUUCUGAAUGUGGUAAACAAUUCUUUUCCUGUGGCAAACUUCAGACCCACAUGAGAAUUCACACUGGAAAAAAGACAUUUUGCUGUUCUGAAUGUGGCAAACAAUUCUGCAGGAAUAGCGAUCUUCAGAUUCAUAGAAGAAUUCACACUGGAGAGAAACCAUAUAGCUGUUCUCAAUGUGACAAGCGAUUCUCACAAAAUGGCCAACUUUAUACCCACACAAGAAUUCAUACUGGAGAGAAGCCAUUUUGCUGUUCUGAAUGUGGCAAACAAUUCUUCAGGAAUAUUGAUCUUCAGACCCAUGCAAGAAUUCACACUGGAGAGAGGACAUAUUGCUGUUCUGAAUGCGGCAAAAGUUUUUCACAAAAUAGCCAGCUUAAGGCUCACAUGAAAAUUCAUACUGGGGAAAAGCCAUUUUGCUGUUCUGAAUGUGGAAAACAAUUCUUCAGGAAUAGCAGUCUUCAGAUACACACAAGAAUUCACACUGGAGAAAGGCCAUAUUGUUGUUCUCAAUGUGACAAAAGAUUCUCGCAAAAAGGCCAACUUCAGACCCACAUGAAAACUCAUUCUGGAGAAAAGCCAUUUUCCUGUUUUGAAUGUGGCAAACGAUUCUUCAACAAACACAAUCUUCAGACCCACACAAGAAUUCACUCUGGAGAAAAACCAUAUUGCUGUUCUGAAUGCGGCAAAAGAUAUUCCAACAAAAGGAAUCUUCACACGCACACAAGAAUACACACUGGAGAAAAGCCAUAUUGCUGUUCUGAAUGCGGCAAACAAUUCAUCAAGAAUAGCUUUCUUCAGAUCCAUAAAAGAACUCAUACAGGAGAAAAGCCAUUUAGUUGUUCUGAGUGUGACAAAAGAUUCUCCAACAAACAAAAUCUUCAUACCCACACAAGAAUUCACACUGGGGAAAAGCCCUAUUGCUGUGGUGAAUGUGGCAAAGAAUUCUCCAGGAAUAGCAGUCUUCGGAUACAUGCAAGAAUUCACACUGGGGAAAAGUCAUAUUGCUGUUCUGAAUGUGGAAAAAGAUUCUUACAAAAAGGUCAACUUCAGACCCACAUGAAAAUUAAUUCUGGAGAAAAGCCAUUUUGCUGUUGUGAAUGUGGCAAAAGAUUUUCCAAUAAACACAUUCUUCAGGCCCACACAAGACUACAUACUGGUGAGAAACCAUAUUACUGCUCUGAAUGUGGCAAACAGUUCACCAAUAGUAGCGAUCUUCAGACCCACACAAGAACUCAUACUGGGGAAAAGCCAUAUUCUUGUUCUGAAUGUGGGAAAAGAUAUUCUAUUAAAUCCAAUCUUCACACUCACAUACAAAUUCAUACUGGAGAGACGCCAUAUUGCUGUUCUGAAUGUGGUAAACAAUUCACCAAGAAUAGCCAUCUUCAGACCCACAAAAGAACUCAUACUGGAGAAAAGCCAUUUAGCUGUUCUGAAUGUGGCAAAAGAUUCUCCAACAAACACAACCUUCAGACCCACACAAGAAUUCACUUUGGGGAAAAGCCAUAUUGCUGUUCUGAAUGCUGCAAAAGAUUCUCACAGAAAGGCCAUCUUUAUUCGCAUAAAAAAAUUCACAGUGGAGAAAAGCCAUAUUGCUGUUCUGAUUGUGGAAAACAGUUCUUACGAAGAGGCCAUCUUGAGGCUCACACAAGAAUUCAUACUGGAGAGAAGCCAUACUGCUGCAAUGAAUGUGGCAAACAGUUCUCCAAGAAUAGCAAUCUGCAGACCCACAAAAGAAUUCACGCUGGGGAGAGACCAUAUUGCUGUUCCGAAUGUGGUAAACAGUUUUCUGCAAAACGCAGCCUUCAGUUACACACAAGAAUUCACACUGGUGAGAAGCCAUAUUGCUGCACUGAAUGUGGUAAGCAAUUCUCACAAAGAGGCUAUCUUCAGAAACACAUGAUAAGUCACAGUGGAGUUAAACCAUAUUGCUGUGGUGAAUGCGGCAAACGAUUUAUCACCAAUAGCCAUCUUCAGAUCCACAGAAGAAUUCAUACUGGGGAGAAACCAUUUUGCUGUUCUGACUGUGGCAAACUAUUCUCACAAAGAGGCGGUCUUCAGAACCAUGCAAGAAUUCACACGGGAGAAAAGCCAUAUUGCUGCUCUGAAUGUGGCAAGCAGUUUUCUGCAAAAUUCAACCUUCAGUUACACACAAGAAUUCACACUGGAGAGAAGCCUUACUGCUGUUCUGAAUGUGGUAAACAAUUCACCACCAGUCGUCAUUAUCAGAUCCAUGCAAGAAUUCACACUGGAGAGAAACCAUAUUACUGUUCUGAUUGUGGCAAACAGUUCUCACGACGAGGCAAUCUUCAGACUCACAGAAGAAUUCACACUGGUGAAAAGCCAUAUUCUUGCUCUGACUGUGGCAAACAAUUCUCACAAAGAAUCAAUCUUCAGACCCAUGCAAGAACACACGCUGAAGAGAAGCCAUAUGUGUGCUCUGAAUGUGGCAGACAAUUCUCUAAAAAACUUGAACUUCAGUUACACACCAGAAUUCACAAUGGAAAGAAGCCAUACUUUUGUUCUGAAUGUGGUAAACAAUUCAGCACCAGUCGUCAUCAUCAGAACCAUGCAAAAAUUCACACUGAAGAGAAACUAUAUUGCUGCUCUGAUUGUGGGAAACAAUUCUUACGAAGAGGCAAUCUUCAGAUUCACAGAAGAAUUCAUACUGGCGAGAAGCCGUAUGCCUGUUCUGAAUGUGGCAAACGAUUCUCACAAAGGGUCAACCUUCAAACUCAUGCAAGAAUUCACACUGGAGAGAAACCAUUUUGUUGCUGUGAGUGUGGCAAACAAUUCUCAAAAAAAUGCAGGCUUCAGUUACACGCAACAAUUCACACUGGUGCAAAGGAAAACAAUCAGAAGAAGUGUAUAUAAUGAAUGUUUCAGGUUCAAAUGAGUACUCAGGGUUGAGAAAGGAGAGUAAAUAUUACAAAGUACCAGGAGAAAUUCACUAAAAAAACAAAAAGAGUGUGCUACAUCACAUCAUAACUAAAGAGUGGGAUUCACUCCUGUUUUAACAGUUAGCACAUUAAACCCUUUAGGAUAGUGUGAUAGAAGCCAUGCUGCUGCUGUUCUGAAUGUGGCAAACAAGACUUCAGCAGUAGUAGAGUUUAAAGACACAAAUAAUUCACACAGAAGAGAAUAAAUUCAGAACUAAGCAGCCAAACAUGAUGGAAUACCCUAGAAAUAUAAUUAUGAUGUAGAAAUUAAUUGAAUUCAAAAAAGAGCAUAAUAAUGAAAGUCACUAUAGCAGCAAAAAAGAUCAGUGAUGUAUGGGAUUAAGAAAGCACAGUUGAUUUUAAAGUGGCAGUGACAUCUCAAACAGUUGUGCACAGAUUACGCAGGCAUCAUGAGUGAAGAUGAUCUCUGAUAACAUACAAGGAAAGACUAGAAAAAGAAAAGAUUAAAAACACUGCCUACAUGUGUAUGUCCAGAAAUUAUGGGAAAAAAGAAAAAUCAAGGGGCACACUUAAAAAGUAGGAACAUCACCAUCAGUACAGAACAAAAUGAUCCAGGAAAUGAAACACGGUCUUCUGGAUUUCCUCAAGACAGACAAGCAGAGAGGACGUUCCAGAGGAUAUCAUGAAAAUUGCUCCUGUGACACUGUACAAUGGCUGAUCCAGGUCUCUGACCUCCACAGGUAAUGCAAAAUGACACUUUUCCCUGGGGAAUUAAAUCAGUGUACCAAAAAUAAAAUCGCACUGAAUGCAACCUUAUUGCAUGUUGAUGUAAACAAGCCAUGCUGGUAAGUGAUUAUACAAGCUACACUGAAAUGUGAUAUGUAAAACAAGACACACUAAAGAUGGCUCAAUGAAGUGCUCAAACAAGCUGCUGCUUUACCUUGUAUUUAUACAUUUAUUUAUUUUUGUUUUGAAUCCCCAAAAACAGACUGCUAGAACAUGCAACAAUGACCUUAUGUAUCAGCCUGGGGUAGAUAAAGAUUAGCAUGGACAUCAGCCUCGGAAAAGAACACAAUUUUGCAAUACGAACAUAUAUAGUUGUUUUAAAAUUAUUGGUCAUUUCUGAAAUUAUUGUUAAGCCCGUGUGGGGAGAGGACUUUAAGUAUGGAAUGCAUGCUUGACAAAGGACAGAAGAAUCUUCAGCACCACCUUGAGAAGACAUCUGCUUCUCCCUUUAAGUUUGGCAGGAUAUAAGACCUCUGUGGGCAUUUUCAAGCAGCCAGAUUUGAAAGGACUCAUCAUCUGUGUUCUUUAAAAAAAGUAUCCUUCAAUAACACUCUUUUAAAAUAUG